AUGACAGUCAAUAGGAAGUGUACAGUAUUCAGGCAAGAAGCUCUUCUGGCUGCUAUUAGCGAAAAGGAUGCUAACAUAGCUCUUCUAGAGCUUUCCUCCUCAAAGAAAAAGACUCAAGAAGAAGUGGCUGCACUGAAACGGGAGAAGGACCGCCUGGUACAGCAGCUCAAACAACAGACACAAAAUCGAAUGAAACUAAUGGCUGACAACUAUGAGGAUGACCACUUCAGAUCCUCCCGUUCCAAUCAGACGAACCAUAAACCCUCCCCAGACCAGGAUGAGGAGGAGGGUAUAUGGGCAUAGCCAAUCAGAUGCUCUUAGUUCAGCCAUUUUGUUCAGAACG